AUUUACCCCCAUUUUUCAUUUUGCAAGAAAAUGGAAAAUUCCCCAGAAAUAAUAGUGGCUCAGAUUGCUCCUCUCUGCAAAAAUUGAACCGUUACCUGCCUCCGUGCCUAAGCUCACAUUUCGCUUCUGCUUCCACUUCCGACCUUCAUCUCCCGCAUCGUGGGAUUUCAGCAUCGAAUUCUUGACAUUCCGAUCCACCAUUACCCCCUAAACUUCAUGUUUCCGGGUGAAUCUCCGGUGAGUUCAGCUCGUGCAUGAUUGGAUGUUGGAUCGGAGAUUCGGAGGUCUCGUAACCGAUAUGGAUUUCUCGCUAGGUUUUGCCAUGGUCGAGUUCCUUUUGGUGAGCAUUCUGAUUAAGGAAUUUGCUUUUCAGUUGUUUUGGAUUCAGAGAAGCUGUCUCUCUAUCUAUCUCUUCCCUUCCCUUCCGGUGGAUUGUGAUUCACAUACCCCCAAAUAGAAAUAAGAGGAUAUGUUCUCCGCACUCCAUGCAGUGAUUUUACCGUUGGAUGUGAACAUUGGAAUUUCUUUGCAAUAGUUUGUUUUAUUCAAAACAGCGAGACGGGAUCUCUCUAUCGACUUCUUGUUACUCUUUCUGUUCUCUUUCUUGCAGUAGAAUUAGCUUAUCAGGUUUUCGACCGUCUUCUGCCACGGCUAAUAAGCUAUUUCUAUUCUUCUUCUUUGAUGUCACGAGAGGUGAAAGGAGGCUAUUGUUUUAUCCAUCCCUUGUCAGGGAGAACCUGAAGCAGCAUACCCGUCUUUCUUACAUGGACACUUACUCCUCUGGAGAAGACUUGGUUGUUAAGGUACGGAAACCGUACACUAUUACCAAACAACGUGAACGAUGGACGGAGGAGGAGCAUAAUAGGUUUCUAGAAGCCUUAAAACUUUAUGGGCGAGCGUGGCAACGUAUUGAAGAACAUAUAGGAACCAAGACUGCUGUUCAGAUCAGAAGUCAUGCACAGAAGUUCUUUACAAAGUUGGAGAAGGAAGCUCUUGUUAAAGGAAUUCCAAUAGGACAAGCUCUUGACAUAGAGAUACCUCCUCCACGCCCCAAGAGGAAACCAAGUAAUCCCUAUCCGCGAAAGACUGGAGUUGGAACACCUACUUUCCCGGUGGGAGCUAAGGAUGGGAAGAGUUCCUUGUCUGAUUCUUCCUUUUGCACAGGCAAAGAAAUACUGGACCUUGAGAAAGAACCACUUCCUGAGAAACCUGUUGGAGAUGAAAAGCCAGGAAAUAAAAAAGAAAACCACGACGAGAACAGUUGUUCCGAAGUUCUUACACUUUUUCAAGAACAUUCCUCUACCUCAUCUGCAGCAAAUAAAAGAUACAUGCCAACCCCUGCACCCUCUACAAAUUUAUGCACUUUUAGGGAGUUUGUGCCAACAAUGAAAGCAGUAACAUCCCAGGAUGAAACAAAUGAAACGUGUAUCACUGUUGAACCCAAAGGGGACCACAAGUUGGCUAAACUUGACGAGAAACAUAUGGUUCAUGAUAAUGGAACAAGUAGCAUCUCUAACUUUGAGGGUUCAAAUGUUUCGGUUGAGAAACUAAUUCAAGGCAUGAAAACAGAUGAAGUGAGCCAGCCUAAAAAAUUUGGAGAAUUGCUAUCAAAUGAUAUGCAAGCCACACAUAACUACCCAAGACAUGUUCCUGUGCAUGUUCUGGAUGCAACCCUGGGAAUGAGUACCCAAAAUGUUUCUCCAGAUGUGCCAUGCCAAGAAUCCAUAUUUCCCCAAAUGGGAGAAUUUCCUGGGAAUCUUAACCUGUCCGCACAUCCAGCUGCAGCUCCAACAAACGAACAUCAUGUUAAUGCUUCAAGAUCUUCCGUUCAACAAUUAUUUCCUCCUUUACAUCCUCUAUUCACCCCAUUCUGCAACAACCAAGAUGAUUAUCGUUCAUACUUCCUUGUUUCCUCCGCCUUUUCAAGUCUUAUUUUAUCCGCCCUGCCACAAAACCCCGCAGCCCAUGCUGCAGCGAGCUUUGCAGCUUCUCUCUGGCCGUAUGCAAGUAUGGAAGCUUCUGCAGAUUCUCCUGCUGGCACAUUAGAAGGAAUUCCCUCUAGGCAUAUUAAUCCAUCUCCUAGUAUGGCUGCAAUUGCUGCCUCUACAGUAGCAGCUGCAACUGCAUGGUGGGCAGCCAAUGGACUUCUCCCCUUCAGCAAUUCUUUUCAAACUGGCUUUACCUGCGCUGCUGCACCCACAAUCACACGCUCGAUUGAUACCGGCCUAGCUGCUGGCAGCAACAAUGAUAAAAGAGAGAAUACUCUUCUUGAACUUCCUGUGCAGAAUAAACAGCUGAACUUGAAAUAUUCUGAUUCUUUACGAGAACAACAUUCAGCUUCCAAAUCGCCUAGUUUAUCGUCAUCAGACUCUGAGGAAAGUGAAGGUCGAGAACCGAAUACCAUGUUAAGUGCUGCCGAUAAUGACAAAGAUGCUGCAGUAACUGAGCUCUAUGAUUCAAGCAAGACAAAAGGCAGAAAACAGGUGGGUCGUUCUUCUUGUGGUUCCAACACACCAUCUAGCAGUGAAAUAGAGACAGAUGCUUUACAGAAGUGUGCGAAAGGCAAGGAAGAGUUUACAGAACCCGAUGCAACACAUCCAGCAGGUGAUACUAACAAUCGACGUGGUAGAAGCUGUAGCAGCACAAAUGAUUCAUGGAAAGAGGUCUCUGAGGAGGGGCGGCUAGCCUUUCAGGCACUCUUCUCCAGAGAAGUAUUGCCGCAAAGCUUUUCAAGUUCUUAUGAUCUCAAGAAUAAGGGGUACCAGAUGAAGAAUAUUGAAGAGGAAAAGCAGCAGACAGAUAGGAAAGUUGAUGAUGCAUCACAGGUAGACCUUAACAGCACGACAUUGGGAUGUUCUUCUAAUCAUCAAGCAGUGGGCAACGACACAAGCUUGAGAAAUGAAAGAGAAGGUGAACGGCUGUUGGCAAUGGAUCUUGGGUACGGGAAGCUGAAACCUAGCAGAACAGGGUUUAUGCCAUAUAAAAGGUGUUCAGUGGAGGCCAAAGAAAGCCGGGUGGGAAGUACCGGCUCCCAAGGUGAUGAGAAAGGUCCCAAGAGAAUACGAUUGGGAGGAGAGGCAUCAACUUGACAUUGUAGUAAUGCAUGCAAUUUUACAAGGGAAACCUUUGUUGUUGCAUGCCAGUUCUAGUCUAUUUCCUUGUAGUUUAUUAAUGUAGUCCUGAAGCUUAUGAAACUGUCAUUCAGACUUAAACCAUACGUUUACAUGUACUUUACUCUCAA